AUGAGAGUGAUAGAGGAGAUCCCUGCAAGUUCUUCUGACUCUGAGUCAGACAGUGAUGAAGAUCAGGAAGUCAUUUUCAGCCAGCAUGAGUUAGACGCAGUGAGUGAAGGCAGUUCUGAUGAGGAUGAAAGUUCUGAUCAGGAGGAUGAAGAGAUGGAUCACAGUGCAAAGUCCAAACGAGCCAAGGGAUUCAGCUGGCGUAAGAAACGGUUUGAGCACCAGUCAACAGCAGCUGCCAGUGUAUUCAGCGCACCUGAUGAGCUUUCUUCUCCACGUAGCUACUUUGCCCAAUUUUUUGAUGAUGAUCUGUUCCAACUUAUUGCUGAACAAACAAAUCUCUAUAGCUGUCAAUUAAUUGGAGCCAGCAUUAACACUACUGUGGAUGAGAUUAAGUCAUUUGUUGGCAUUAAGCUAAUCAUGGGAGUGGUGAGAAUGCCAUCCAUGGAUGAUUAUUGGGCAGAAGACACACGUUAUGCCAAAAUAACCAAUGUGAUGUCAGUAAAAAGGUUUAAAUGCCUCUCACGAUUCAUCCACUUCCAAGACAAUCAGACAUCAGAACCAAGCCAAGAUCGGCUCUGCAAAGUGACACCAGUGCUGGAGCACGUAAGAAAGAAGUGUCUGGAAAUUGAGAGUGAGAACAAGUUCUCAAUAGAUGAGAUGAUGGUCCCUUACAAAGGAACAAAGGCUGGGUCUCUCCGACAGUAUCUCCCGAGCAAACCUCACCAUUGGGGCUUCAAGAUCUUUGUUCGAGCAGGCGUUUCUGGCAUAGUGUAUGACUUCCUGACAUACACAGGAAAGAGCACAUUUGGCACAGACCAGGGUCCAGCCAAAGAACUUGGAGUUGGAGCCAAUGUUGUGAUUCAACUUUGCAAGACAAUUAAGAACCCAUCAGAGUGUGUUGUCUACUUUGACAAUUUUUUUACCUCCCUACCACUCAUUGUGCAUCUGAAGGAGUCCCUUGGUUUGCGAAGUCUGGGAACCAUACGCAAGAACAGGCUUAAAGGGUGCACACUUGAGGAUGACCGUGCUCUGCUGAGGCAAGGAAGGGGGAGCUUUGACUACAGGGUGGAUAAUGAGGCAGAAGUGGCUGUUGUAAAAUGGUCUGACAACAAAGCUGUCACCUUAGCUAGUUCCUGUGCUGCAAUCAGCCCGCUCAAGGAAGUCCGGCGUUUCUCCAGAGAGGAGAGAAGAAGAGUUGCUGUUCCCUGUCCAAACAUUGUGUCACAGUACAAUGUCCACAUGGGAGGAGUUGACCUUGCUGACAUGAUGGUGGCCUUGUACCGCACCCCUGCAAGGUCCCACCGGUGGUACCUGGGCCUCUUUUGGCAAAUGGCUGAUAUAGCCAUCAACAAUGGAUGGCUGCUGUAUCGUCGAGAUGCCAAAAGCAUUGGUGUGCAAAAGCACAAAAAGCUCAAGGAAUUCAGGCUGGAGGUUGCAGAUGCCCUUAUCCACAGUGGAAAGAAGAAGGGAAGGCCUUCCAAGGGAGGGGAGGAGAAUGUGCACAGCCCCACCAGAUGCAUACAAAGGCCAACAACCCAAAGACCCAUGGCUGAUGUCCGCCUUGAUCAAGUGGAUCACUUCCCAGCCUUCACAGACAAGGGAAGGUGCAGGCUUUGCCCAGAAGGACAGACAACAAUCUACUGCACAAAAUGUGGUGUUCGUCUAUGCAUUGUCACCGGGAAAAACCCACGCAACUGCUUCCAAGUGUUCCAUAAAAAAUGA